CAGCAACCUGACCACCACUGGCGUCGAAUCGGCUCAUCAGCAAGGGUCAUUCGAGUGUCCGUGACAUGUCCCUGGGCCUGUCUGUCUGUCUGUAUAGGUGCCGGAUACUGUUCCACGUAUUGCCUCGCCUGCUUGUAUGGCAUAGCUAGCAUCUCCUCCCUUGUAUGGUAUAGCUAGCAUGUAUCUUCACAGAGGGUGGAGGGGAGGAAGGUGUGGGUCCAGCCAGCCAGCCAGCCAGCCAGCCACACAUACAUAUCCAUCCGGUCAGUCAGGCCACUUUCCCUUGCUGCUGCUGCUGCCGCCCUUGUCUGUGCCGCUGGGUGUUUUGGGCGGUGCCCCUUGAUUCAUCAUGACGUCCGGCGGGGCAGCAGUCAGGCAUGUCAGCAACUCUUCCAGCUGGGCUGGGAGAGAGCAACCGGCCACACAAAUGCAUGCAUACAUGACAUCCAUUGUCUGAUUGACUGGGAGGGCGUGUGUGUGUCUGUCUGUCUGACCUUUCGCCUCUGAUGCAUUGUCUGUGCUGCACUCGGCGAUAGCGCUCCUCAACAGACGCUGCCAUACACACAGUGGGUGAAUGGUUGGUCGGUUGCCUGCUGUUUGUUAAUAGCAUGUGCUCUUCCUCUUCCCACCUCACACACGCUGAGUUUGGUGUGGAAGAAGUCCCUCUCGUCCUGCAAGGGCAGCAGCUCCUCAGCCAUCGAACGAAGCCGCACAGCCCUGAACAAAAAACCAUCGAAAACGCAAACAAACGGAUGAGAGGCCUUCCUUAGCGUCAGGGCUCUCACCUCUCGUGCGAAUUAUCCAUCGUGAAGCUGCAGAAAGUGCGAG